AUGUCGCUUGGCAUAGAGGUUUAUGGCGGAGGAUUUUCUGUCAUUAUUCCAAAGAAUACAAAAAUCCCGAUCAAGUUCAAGGAGCAGUACAGGACGGCGCAUAAUAACCAAACCUCGGUCCAAAUUACCGUCUACCAAGGAGAAGCUGAUGUCGCUAAAGAUAAUAAUUGGCUGGGAGAGUUCUUAUUGAACAAUAUUCCACCGGAGGAUGCUGGCAAGGAGAAGAUAGAUGUCACGAUGGAAAUUAAUAUGCAAGGAGUACUGCAUGUCACUGCUGUUUGCACGAGCACAGGGGAUAAGGAUUCCAUAAAAGUAAUUGAGUAUAAGAGAAGGAUGGGGAAGGAUCAGAUUAAACGGAUUUUGGAUGAGGCCAGACCAGGAGGAGCUUAA